AACCCCGAAUAGUUUACGCGGUUUUAUAGAAACCUCCGUUAAGAUUAAAUAUAUUUAUUUUUCUGCACUUCCUUCCUCGUUUCUUAUUUUCCCAAACCCUACAAAAUAUCUCCUCUGGCUUGCCGACUUCCAUCCCUUCCUCUUCACCAACCUUGUCUGCUCCUUCCUCCACCAAAACAACCCUCGCCGCCACCUCUCCUUCCCCUUCCCUGACCGUCCAUGGACCAGAUCGAGUGCUGCCUCCGCCACAUUGUCGUCACCCUCUCAGACCGCCUCAAGUGCGCCUAGAGCGCCUUCAUGGAGUGCGUCGUGGGGAACUGGAUCCGGUGCUGGGAGGAGCAGAAUAUCGCUGCUGCCAAGGAGGCGGUGGGCGCUUUCAUUCCUAAAACUCAAAAACCCUAAUUCCUCUGUUUCGCAUUUUGGAAAGAUUUGGAGUGGUAUUGAGGGUUGGUGGAUCUGGCAGAGACAUGAUUUUCACUUUGUCUUGUUGCAUCAAGCCGAUAUUUGUCAUGCCUAUCAAAUACCGAGGAAAGGUGGCUUGAAAGAAGAAAAUACCAUUGUUUUUAUGUAUGAUGACAUUGCAUUCAAUUGGGACAAUCCAAGGCCUGAAGUCAUCAUUAACAAACCAGAUGGGGGUGAUGUUUAUGAAGGAGUUCCAAAGAAUUACACUAGCAAAGAUGCUACUGCUCGUAACUUUUAUGUUGCUUUACUUGGAGAUGAGUCCGAGCUUACCGGUGGCAGUGGGAAGGUUGUGAACAGUGGAUUCUGUUGGUUGUUUAUAUGGGUUUCAACAUGGUAUAGGCCUGGAUUGAGACAUACAAUAAAGCUUUCUCUAUAUAGUGGAUUCUUAAUUCAUUGCAGUAUGUGCAUAGAGAGCGUUGUGGAUGAGAAUGCAAGAAAAUCAUCUGGUGGUCUUCAUGAUGCUGCUUGUUCUGCGUGUGAGAUGGCGGUUGUUUGGAUGCAGAACCAACUCAGCCGAAAUCAAACACAGGAUCAGAUACUAAACUACGUCAAUCAGCUUUGCGAUAAAAUGCCAAGCCCGAUGGGAAACUCUUCUGUUUGUUGCGGGGAUAUCUCCUCAUUACCUGUAGUGUCUUUUACUAUUGGUGGAAAAACUUUUGACCUUCGCCCAGAGGAGGAAAGCUCUAUUCAGAACAUGGAAGAAGUGCAGAAGCUUCCAGAUGAACAUUUUUCAUUAAGUGAACAUGUUUUUCUUUAAUGUAUAUUUGAAAAAUGUUAUUAUCGAACAAUUACUUGUAUUAAAACAUUUUAUAGUUCAUUUUAUAAUAUUUAAUUUUUGUUUCAAA